GGGGUGGUCAGAAUGGAACUGUCUGCAAUCACCUCCUCAUGUCAAGAGAUGCGUGAUAUUAAGGAAACGUAACUGAGCUGAAGGCCCAGAAGCAACUGGACCCUAGCUUGGGUGUUAAGCCCAGGUAUGUGAGGAAAAAGCUGCAAAACUGCAAGUCCCAGGAUGCCUUUCACUAAUGAGCACAAUACACAAAGUCUGCAGAGUUCACACAUGCUCAGUGUGGUGGCUUGAGCCUAUUUUCCAUAGGCCGCUGACCAGAUUAAAUAAGGUGGAGCACAUGGCCCCACCCCAAAACAGUCUUUAGGACUGUUGAGGCACACCCCAGGGUGGAGCCGGAAUUUACCUUUGUACUUCACAGCAGGUCAGGGUUAUUGGUGACUUGCUGUGUGGGUCUGGAACUGGCUGCCAUCCUGACACGUCUCAGAGCUGCAAGCAGGUUUGAAUCCAGGAUCCUGUGGCCCUGCUCCCUGAUUCCUACCCCGCUCCUCCUCUGAUUCUUCAUUCUUUUCCCUUGGGGACCUUCCCACAGAUUACCAUGUCUCAUAGAAUUCCUGCUGCCCCUGAGGACCCCUGUGUUAGUCAAAGGAUUUUUACUAUCUGACUACAGGGUAAUAGUCCACUUUUGAUAGUCCCUUACUUGGAGACUCAACUCUCCACUGUUUCCUGGCAGGCAAGAAAUACUGGGAAGGAUGGACCCCGCUGCAUUAUCACUUGAGGGUACAGGUUAGGGAUCAGGGCUGAGGUGGGCAGAUGGUGUCAGUCACCAAAUACGAAGCCUUGAUGUCUGCCCUGCCUUCUGUAGGUCCUGCUAGACAGCCACCAUGGCCUCUCAGGUUCUCGGGCUGGAAGAAGAGACUGGCCCAAACCCUGGAGAGUCUGAACUGGCUGUGAACCCCUUUGACGGGCUCCCCUUCUCUUCCCGCUACUACGAGCUGCUUGAGCAGCGCCGAUCCUUGCCUAUCUGGGCUGCUCGCUUUAUCUUCUUGGAGCAGUUGGAGAGUAGCCCCAGUGGAGUGGUGCUGGUGUCUGGAGAGCCUGGCUCUGGCAAGAGCACCCAGAUCCCACAGUGGUGUGCAGAGUUUGUGCUGGCCAGGGGUUUCCAGAAGGGCCGGGUAACUGUGACUCAGCCCUACCCUCUGGCAGCCCUGAGCUUGGCCCUGCAAGUUGCUGAUGAAAUGGACCUGACCCUGGGUCAUGAGGUUGGAUACAGCAUCCCCCAAGAGGACUGCACUGGGCCUGACACCCUGCUCAGGUUCUGCUGGGACAGGCUGCUUCUGCAGGAGGUGGCCUCGACCCGGGGCACUGGAGCGUGGGGUGUGCUGGUGCUGGAUGAGGCUCAGGAGCGGUCAGUGGCCUCAGAUUUGCUCCAGGGGCUCCUGCGAGAUGCCAGGCUGGGAAACCUUCCCGGGGACCCCAGAGUGGUUGUAGUUACUGACCCAGCCCUCGAACCUAAGCUCCAGGCCUUCUGGGGCAAUCCUCCUAUUGUACAUGUACUUGGAGAGACUGGCAGGUGUCCCACUCCCGUCUACAGGGACACUGUCCCUACUGAUAGAGUGGAAGCUGCCUGCCAAGCUGUGCUUGAAUUGUGUCGGAAGGAGGCUCCAGGAGAUGUGCUAGUGUACCUGCCCAGUGAGGAGGAAAUUUCCCUGUGCUGUGAGUCCUUGUCCAGGGAUGGGGGCUCCUUGGAGGACCAAGGGCCUCCACCACGGGUGCUGCCCCUUCACCCAGGCUGUGGACAAGCUGUUCAGGCUGUGUAUGAGGACGUAGAAUCGGGUGCCCGAAAGGUUGUGGUCACUCACUGGCUGGCCGACUUCUCCUUCUCUCUCCCUUCCAUCCGACAUGUCAUUGACUCAGGACUGGAGCUUCGAAGUGUUUACAAUCCUCAGAUCCGAGCAGAAUCCCAAGUGUUGAGACCAAUCAGCAAGUGUCAGGCAGAGGCAAGACGACUGCGGGCAACAGGGAUCCUACCAGGAUCCUGCCUCUGCCUGUAUCCUAAGUCCUUCCUAGAACUAGAGGCUCCCCCGCUGCCCAAACCCAGGGUGUGUGAGGAGAAUCUGAGCCCCCUGAUAUUACUACUAAAGAGGAGACAGAUUGUAGAGCCAGGAGAGUGUCACUUCCUGGACCGGCCUGCUCCAGAAGCACUAAUGCAGGCCCUGGAAGAUUUAGACUAUCUGGCAGCCCUGGAUGAUAAUGGGGACCUGUCAGACCUGGGAGUCAUCCUAUCAGAAUUUCCCCUGGCCCCUGAUCUGGCCAAAGCCCUGCUGGCCUCGUGCGAGUUUGACUGUGUGGAUGAGAUGCUCACCCUGGCCGCCAUGCUCACUGCUGCCCCUGGGUUUACUCGUCCUCCACUCUGUGCAGAAGAAGCUGCCCUGCGUCGGGCACUAGAACACGUGGAUGGUGAUCACAGCUCUCUGAUCCAGGUGUAUGAAGCCUUUAUACAGAGUGGAGCAGACAAGGCUUGGUGCCAGGCUCGGGGUCUAAACUGGGCAGCAUUGUGCCAAGCCCAUAAACUUCGGGGAGAACUCCUAGAACUCAUGCAACGGAUUGAACUUCCCUUGUCUCAACCAGCCUUUGGCUCUGAGCAGAAUCGCAGAGACCUUCAGAAAGCACUGGUGUCAGGAUACUUCCUUAAGGUGGCCCGAGACACAGAUGGAACUGGAAAUUACCUGCUCCUAACCCAUAAGCAUGUGGCCCAGCUCUCCCCAUACUGCUGCUACCGAAGCCGCAGGGCUCCUGCCAGACCCCCGCCCUGGGUGCUUUACCACAGUUUCUCCAUUUCCAAAGACAACUGCCUUUCCAUUGUUUCUGAGAUUCAACCACAGAUGCUGGUGGAAUUGGCCCCUCCAUACUUCCUGAGUAACUUGCCCCCUAGUGAGAGCAGAGACUUCCUGAACCAGCUGAGGGAAGAAAUGGCAGAUUCUUCAACAGGGAGUGAAUCUCCCUCCACCCAAGAGCUUGGAGAUGCCUGUGUCCUGCAGUGACCUGCCUGCGGAGUGAAGCUGGGCUCAUCUCAUCACAUUAGAUCUUCCCUCAGGCUAGCACCUAGGCAACCAGCCAGAUUUAGAAGCCCAAAGUUAAGGGUCAAAUACUGGAACCUGAGUCCCAAGAAAUGGUGGGCUGGGAGUGGAGCGAGUUGGGUAAGCCACAGUCUAAACAGAGUAGGACCCUUUCCUUAGCUUUCUUCUAUUUAUUGGAGAGGAACUAACAUGCCUUUCAUAUCCCCAACUUAUGCCAAACCCAUCCUUGUGUUCCCUUUUGGUCUAUAAAAGUUCUUUUUA